UCUUCUGGUCAGACAGUAUGAUAGUCUUAUGGUACCUGCAACAAGAAGACAAAAGGUAUCAGACCUACGUAGCAAAUAGAGUCGCUGCUAUUCAAGAGCACACCACUUCAAGCCAGUGCAGGUACGCCAAUUCAGCUUCGAAUCCGGCCGAUGAUGCCUCCCGUGGUAUGGCAGCAGAGGACGUCGUAACCAACUCAAGAUGGAUCAAUGGCCCGCCUUUCCUGUAGAAGGAGAAAAGCCGAAUGGCCAACACAACCAGAGUUCAAUUGCUCAACACUGGAAGAUUCAGUCGAAGUCAAACCAAACCAUAAGGUCUACGCUGUUGCUGCAGAUGAGCCAGAUCCCAUUGAUCUACUUAUACAGCGGCAUUCUUCAUGGUAUGCCCUUAAGAAGUCAGUUGCUUGGCUCCUUCGCUUCAAGCAAUAUCUGAAAACCAAGAAACCUACGAUUGGACAGUUAACCGUGAACGAAUUGAAGGUUGCUGCUACAGCCAUUAUUACUCAUGUGCAAGGACAAACGUUUGGAAGGCGCAAGGAUAACUCGUUGCAGAAGCUGUCUCCAUUUCUUGAUGAUGACGGCACAUGGCGGGUAGGAGGAAGGCUCAACAAGGCUGAACUACGUUUCCAAACAAAACACCCUUUGAUAUUACCUGCAAAUCACCACCUCACCGAUCUCAUCGUUUGGCAUUACCAUGCAAAGACUGGUCAUGCUGGCACAGAACGCGUCCUCGCCGAAGCAAGACAGAUGUUCUGGAUUGUGAAGGGUAGAGCGACGGUYAGAAGAGUUMUAUCUAAAUGCAYCACUUKCAAGAAAYUGAGAGCACAACCUGUGUCUCAGUUCAUGGGAGAUCUACCAARGGAUCGUGUAACGCCUAACGAAGCGCCCUUUACACGUGUAGGGGUGGACUACUUUGGCCCGUUUCUUGUGAAACGAGGYAGAAGUGAACUCAAACGAUAYGGAUGCAUCUUCACUUGUCUYACGACAAGRKCURUYCAUCUUGAAGUUAGYCAUACACUUGACACCGAUUCCUUCAUUAACGCGCUUCAGAGAUUCAUUGCCCGUCGYGGGGAGCCUGUUGAAAUCCGUUCGGACAACGGAACUAACUUCACCGGUGCUCGACUAGAGCUGCAACGAGCCCUUGAGCAGUGGAAUCAGGCUCAAAUUGAUGAUUUUCUUCGUAAAAGAGAGAUUCAGUGGAUUUUCAACCCUCCAGGUGCCUCCCAUAUGGGCGGUGCCUGGGAAAGACAAAUCCGUACCGUACGUUCAGUGCUGAGAGGUCUACUGGCUCUACAGGUCUUAGAUGACGAAGCUCUGGCAACCUUGAUGUGCAUCGUUGAAGGUAUCGUCAAUGGACGUCCCAUCACCAGGAUCUCAGAAGACCCGAAGGAUCUAACGCCCCUUACACCGAAUCAUCUUCUCUUGCUUCGUUCGGGCCCAACCCUUCCAUCAGGAGUGUUCGUGAAACAAGAUCUUUACAGAAGACGCUGGCGUCAAGUGCAAUACAUGGCGGACGUCUUUUGGAAGCGCUGGCUCAGCGAAUAUUUACCGACGCUCCAAGAACGCCAGAAGUGGCUGAAGCCCAAGCGUAACCUCAARGUYGGUGAUUUAGUGUUGGUGAAGCAUGACAACACAGCACGUCAACGUUGGCCCCUUGGACUCAUCGUCAACACCUAUCCUGGAGCAGAUACCCUUGUGCGAUCCGUCCAAGUAAAGACCCAAUCUGGAGUGUACGAUCGCCCAGUCGACAAGAUUUGCUUACUAGAGGGAGAUAUGCCGCUUAAUGAACAUUGA